UCAUGGACUGAUAAUGAUGUUAUUUUCACCACCAAUUGUGUUAAUCUUGCUGUUGCUCUGAAUCUUAUCUCACUUGUUUUGCUAAGAUCCGAUAAUUUGUUUUUUUUUGUUUGCUUUUGGAAUUUAUCCUCUUUUUCAUAAGCAGUGAAGUAAAGGGUUUUAUAUUGAAAUAUGGGCAAAUGUAGAGAGGGUUUUUUGUACCGCGAUGUCAAAAACCGUUUCUUAGCUUUUAACUAAAAAAAGUUAAGAACUAGUUCUUAAAUAAGAGAUAUAAGAACCGGUUUUUAGCUGUAUUGUAAAAAAGCCAAAAAAAAAAUAAAAAAUAUCAAAUCAUGAGUUAUGAAUUCCAAAUUAAGAAUCCGAAUUAAUCAUGCUCUUAGAGUUAAGAAACUCGCACGUCCUCAAUAGUUUAACAUUUUCUACUUAAACAUACUUAACAAAACGACUCACUUUGUUGAUUUUGUGACUUUUUGGAUGAAAAGUGUGUACUGAUCAAAACGGGUUGUCAAACUUGUGUUGUGGGCCGAUGAAUUGGGUCGCAUGGGAUUUUCCAAAAAAAAAAAAGACUCUAUAUAAAUUAAUAAAUAGAAAAUAGAGUAAAAGUUUGAUGUUAAGUCUCUGUCGUGGUUGAAGACAACAUAGGAGAUGAGAGUGAGUCAGAGAGAGCAAUAAAGGAGAGGGACAGUGGAAAUUGGAAACAACAUGAGGAGAUAGAGAGAGGCACUGAAACUUGAAUUUAGAGAUUGAAACUGAGGUGUUUCACAAAAGAAAAAAAGAGAUUGAAACUGAGAGAGAGAAGAAGAAGACUUUGGGCAAAAUGGUCAAGAAACAGUUAGCAAAAUAUGAGAAGGGAAGACAAAAUCCUAAGAUUCCGAGUUACCAAAAGUGAUGAGUCUCUUAGAAACAACCGCACUAGUCUCAACUCAUUGCACUUUCACUCUCAAUCUCAUUUCAAACCUAAAUUCCAAAAACUGCAUUGUGUUUUGUGGUUGGUUCAAUAAAUCCCAUUUAAAGAGACAACUACACAUGAGACAAAGAGGAAUUUCUCUCUCAACUUCAUUUGUCUUUUUUUCUCUUUCUAACUUGCAAACCAAUCUACUACACACACCACCUCAUUUAUUACAUUUCCUCUCUUUGAUCUAAUACUAUCUGUGCAACGUGGCUUUCCAUUUUGACAUGUUCAUUGUAACACCGUACAUAAUCUUCACCAAUGGUCAUAGAUUUAUAUAUAUUAGCUUUUGUUAUUCUAUUGUCCAUCCUAGUUUAAUAUUGCAGUAACCUGUAACCCAUAUCUUAUCAUGCACGUUAUAAGGAUUUGUAAAAAGUAGAAUAUGACUGAGCUUCUCUGUUGCGUAUAUGGGUUAAUAAAUGUGCUUUUGAUUAACUUGUUUUUAGGCCUGGGCAUUUUUAACUUGGACUCGAAAACCCGAACUAGAACCGACCAAAAAAUACCGACCCGAAACCGAACCGAACCGAAAAUUUACAAGUAUUUUUUGGGUCUAAAUUUCUUUUAUCCGAAAGAACCAGAACCGAAAGGAACCGACCCGAAUAGACCCGGACCCGAAAAGAACCGACCCGAAUAGACCCGACCGGUAAGAACCGAUUAGUAUCCGACUUAAAAACAUGUAUAUCUAAAACUAUGAUUUUUUUGUGUUCUAUUAUAUAUAUAUAUAUAUAUUAUUUUAUGAUCUAGUUAAAAUAUUUUUUAUUAACAACAUUUGUUAUUAUUUUGUAACAUUUUAAGUAAUAUGAAGCUUUAAAAUGUAAAUUUUAGAGUUUAAAAAUGUUUUAUUUAAUUAUUAAUAGUUUCAUUUAAGUUAUUUUGUAAAAUUUUAGAUAUAUAUGACAAAUAUCGACUAAAUUUGAUGGAGUUGGUUAUGCCAUGUCCUUUUCAGAUCAUAAAUACCCGAACCCGACAUGGACCCAAGAAAUUACGGGUUUUUUAUGGGUGUUUUAGUUAUAGACCCGAACUGACCCGGACCCGAGAAAAACCGACCCGAACCCGAACCAAAAUUUUCUAAGUACCUAUUGGGUCUAAAUAUUUAAGACCCAAAAUUAAUACCCAAAUCCGAAAGGAACCGGUCCGAACUGACCCGAAGACCCGAAUGCCCAUGCCUAAACUUGUUUUUGAUAACUAAAUCUCUAUCCUAAUGAAACUUUCAGAAUGGCAUGUAUCACGUUGAUAUUAUAUAUAUGUCACCUAGGAAUAUAUACUUCUAUUUUAAUCAAUGCUUUUUUCAACGGGAACCGGAUUUUAAUCACACUAGAACUCGCCGACAAAAAUAUUUGUCACUAGAACUCCAUCAUCACAAUACAUACACACACACACACAUAUAUAUAUAUUCUAUACAUUAUUUAUUUUCUUUAGAAAAGAAAAUGUAGUUAGGAAUGUGAUUAAUAGAAAGAAUGAGAAUCAUUUACUACUCACAGCUCAUCGAAACGAUGAAGAUUCCAAUUAUUAGAAAAUGAGAUGGAGACGUACAUAACAGGAAUUAAGUAUAGUGUAUUUUAGCAUGUAAUUAACCGAACUAUUUUCACAUGAAAUAUUCACAAUUUGCAUUAGUGAUUAGCAGAGCCUAUCUCUCUUACUCUCUAUCUAUAUAAACACCCACCCACUCACAUAUAUCUCCUAUCAUUCAUCGUACACACAAUCUCUCUCUGUAUUUCUCAGAAGAAAUAAAAUCUCUCUCUCUAUAUGACAAAAAUUCCCAACAUGACGACACUCAACCAGCUGUUUGAUCUGCCGGGGCAGGUUUGCCAUGUCCAGUGUGGUUUUUGCACCACUAUUUUGCUGGUGAGUGUACCGUUCACGAGCCUGUCAAUGGUGGUGACGGUGAGAUGUGGGCAUUGCACAAGCCUUCUCUCUGUUAAUUUGAUGAAGGCUUCCUUCAUUCCUCUUCAUCUCCUCACGUCUCUGUCUCAUAUGGAUGAGAAGGGGCACGAGGAGGUUGCAGCUACAACAGAUGGUGUGGAAGAAGAAGCGUGGAAGGUGAAUCAGGAGAAGGAGAACAGUCCAGCGACUUUGGUUACAUCUUCAGAAAGUGAAGAUGAAGAUAGAGAUGUUUCUCGUGUUUACCAAGUUGUCAACAAACCACCUGAGAAACGACAACGAGCUCCUUCCGCUUACAAUUGCUUCAUCAAGGAAGAGAUCAGGAGGUUAAAGGCUCAGAAUCCAAGCAUGGCUCACAAAGAAGCUUUCAGCUUAGCUGCGAAAAAUUGGGCCAAUUUCCCUCCAGUGCAAAACAAGAGAGCUGCCUCAGAUCAAUAUUUUUGCGAAGAUGACAACAAUGCACUACUAUCAUGCAAUGCUCUCGGGGACCAUGACGAGAGCAAUAAUGGAUUCCGAGAGAGAAAGGCCCAAAGGCAUUCCAUUUGGGGAAAAUCUCCAUUUGAUUAAUAACAAUUUGGCAAACGAAAUGUGAUGGCGACUAUCUUCUUCUAUCUAGGGUUUGAUUUUGUUGUUUUUAAGGUUCGUGUUGUUGGAGAGAAAAGGGAGGGUAAGGAUCUGAACUUACGUAAGCUUUGGGUAUUCGAGGAGAGUCUUGGGAAUGAUCAGCGAGAUCAGUAUUUUUGUACUUCUUAGCUUUGAACUUAAUUUGAAGAGACACUGACUCUAUACCAAAUCCUACUUUUGCGUUCAUGACUACGUUAUGUUUUAACAUUCCAUGAAACACUCGAGGAAUCUUUGUUUAGCUGUCAUUAUUAGAUAUCUUUCUUAAGCUAUCAUUAAUAUACUUCUUCAUUUCACUUAUUGUGCUUUUGUACAUUGGGGAAAAAUAAGACAAAUACUUCUAAUAAAUCG